AUGCGAGUGCCCACCGACGGGUGGCUGCUGCGAGAUUUCCUUCACCAGGCGCUCUACAACCGCGACGACGGGUACUUCGCCAACGCAUCGUCCCCUCCCGUCGGGGCCAUGUCGCGGCCCAUCCCGUUCCAAGCGCUGCUCGGCCAGGAGGAUUACGCGCGAACGCUGGCGCGUCGGUACGACGCGCUCGCGUCGCAGUGGCUCACGCCGGUGGAGAUCUUCAAGCCGCACUACGCGCGCGCGGUGGCGAGGCACAUCCUCCGAGCGCACAAAGCAGAGUUGGAUGCGCCGCUCGACGACGACGAACGACGACGACGGCGGGUCGGGAAGACGCCGCCGCUGAGGAUAUACGAGCUCGGGGGCGGGACAGGGACGUGCGCGGCGGGCAUACUGGCGCACAUACGCGACGACGACCCGACGGUGUUCGCAUCCACCGAGUACGUCGGGGUGGAGAUAUCCCCGGCGCUGGCGAAGAUGCAGCGCGAGACGGUUCGACGCGAGCUGGGAGACGACGUGCACAUCCGGAGGGACGCGCUGGACGCCGGGCGGUGGGGACCCGUCGACGACGACGCGUGCUUCGUCGUCGCGCUCGAGGUGCUCGACAACCUUCCACACGACCGGGUGAUGCUCCUUCGCGACGAUACGAGAACGACGAUGACGAGGGUGUUCGCGCGACGACGCGGGGAUGAUAACGCGGUUGACGGGUUCGAGCAACGCGAGGAGCCGCUGCGGGAUCCGCUCAUCUCUCGCGCUCUCGAGGCCAUUGGUGACGAAGACGAAAGUUUUUCAUUCGGUUUCACCGUCAAGGCGAUGGCGGAUCGGUGGAUCCGAGGCGCGCGCGAUUGGAACGCGCGGUUCGUGCCCACCGGUGCCCUGGCGCUGCUCGAGACGCUGCACGAGAGACGGCCGCGGCACAGGCUCAUCGCCGCGGACUUUGAUUCGCUUCCGAACGUUCGCGUACCGGGAAUCAACGCGCCGCUCGUCGCGACGCAAUCCCCAGGCGGCCGUACGAAGGAUCUUCCAACGUACCUUCAGCGCGUCGGCGCGUGCGACGUGUUCUUUCCGACAAACUUUGACCACCUGGCUCGCCUUGACGCGUUCGCGAGGUCACGAACGGGCGGGACGAAACGGCUCGAAAACGGCUCGUCGCGUCGUCCGAGGCCUUCGGCGGAGGUGGUCACCACGCGCGAGUUCAUGCGCAGGCACGCGGACCUCGGCGCGACGGCCACCGGCAGCGGCUACAACCCCCUGACGCAAGACUUUGCGAACACCAAAUUUUUCCUCAGCUGA